AUGGUUGAGAUAGCUGACCGCAACAACCGAUUUAUCUCCGCUCCUGUUGUCGCCAGACCUUUCGUCUAUCUCCACCGUCGACGGACUCAUGACUCGCACAGGGACGAUGCCCUUCGUGGCAUUCUCAAGAACCUCUUCAUCUCCAUCAGUGCCGAGGACUUCUCGCCGGGUGCCCUCCACUGGACCCGCGAACUCCAGGGGUGGCUGAACCUCAAGUUCGAGAUGACGCGGGAGUUGCGCUCUCGGCUUGCUCGCCUAUACUACCACCUCGCCCUAGCACCGGGGCUCGAUAAUAAUACGGCCGAUCGCUUCUCCCGCAUGAAAGAACUCAAGGCCCUGGUUUUGCCAUCGGAGACGGCUUCCCACCAGGGGUCGCGGAGGCGGUCGUCGAAGCAUAUUCUGAAGCUCUGCCUACACGCAAGCGCCUACUUUGACCCCAAGGAGCGCCGCGCGAUUUUGGAGGAGCUCCUCCCCUAUUUCAGCACAUCGGCCAUAUCAAAUGCCUACAUCUCGCAACCAUCCGAUUUUGUUCCGACCUUCUUCCACCUAUGGUCGCUCAUGACGAGGUCAAAAGGUUUCGAUAUCUGUUUCAUCGACAUCUUUUCGCGCAUGGCUCGCGACUACCUUGGCUGCACCCAUGUGCCUUUCACCGAGCACGGCAUCUUCUCUCGCGAGCAGUCAGACCUCAUCUUCACGGCCAUCCUGCGAUUGACCGAGAUCCCUGUAGGCCAGGCUACCUCUCCUUACACCACGCUCGAUUAUGCAUCGGGCCUGGGCGUUUACUUGGAGAAGGAUAAGAAGAAAUACCCGGUGCCGUACAUGGUCGCACGGUGGAUUGGCCAUUCCUUGUCUCCCCUCUGCCUCAAGCAAGAGAGUUCUAUCUUGGCAAACCUUGAGGGCCUGAUGGAGUCUAUUGACACCUUCUUCCAUCCAUCCAACCAAGGCUCAUGGACUGGGUUUUUAGCACAGCUUACAUUCUUUCUUACCGACAUUUUCGUUUCUCGCUGGAAUCGCGAACAAAGCGGCGAGCUCGACAUACCCUCCGAGCGCCGGAUUAAUGUCGAAUUGAAGAAGCGCUUCGUCAUUGCCUUGAGGGAGGUGACUUUCAUGGGGCUUUUUGCGAAGAGUUCCAAGGUGGUGAACUACUACUACUCUACCCUGCAAGGCCUCGCCUACCUUGAGCCGGACUUGAUCCUUCCUGGUGCCUUGCAGCGCUUCUACCCUAGCCUACAAGGGCUUGUCGAGGUCCAUCGGACGACAUCCAGUCUCUGCGGCCUCCAGAUGAUUGCCAACAUCAUGUCGAAGAAGAAGGGGUACCGCUGCCACAUCACCGCCCUGUUGGCGCUUGCCCUGCCCGGUAUUGAUGCGAACGACCUGGGGAAGACGCUCUACACGCUCUACUUCAUCCAGAGCGUAGCCUACAGCAUCCCAUUUGUGCCCUUGGCACACCAGGACGACAGGAUCCACGAUACGAGCCUUGCCAUGGAUUGGGUGCAGGCCGAGAUGGAGCGAAUGGAACGGGAAGGGCAGGAUGUCAAGAUAUGCUACGACGAGGAGCUGACAGACGAAGACGAAGCAAACGUCCUGCGCUCCUCGACUGCCGGCCUUGGCGAAUUCGUACUCGCCUUGUUGGGCAAGGUGUUUGCAUUGCUAGAAAAUCUGCCGGACCCGAGCCUUCUUCGCACCGGAUCCCCAGAGGAAAAUGUCAUCAACACCUUGCCGGCUGCGCUUACACCGCUUUUCGCAUCAUUAUCCCCGGAGCUUUUCGAUAUGGCGCUUGAGAAGCUCGCGGCCUUCGUUACCAGCCACGUGGUCCACCAGGCUCGGGAUGCGAUGGCAUGGAUUUGCAAUGCUUUGUGCAAAGUCAACCCGGAGAAAACCUUGAAGGUCUUCAUCCCGAUGUUGCUGGUCAAUAUUCGCAACGAAAUCGAUUACAAUGGCGCAGCGUCAGACCGCAGCAGCGGCACCGAGGUGCUUCCCCGGGACCGCGCGCUGGUCUGGCACGUCAGCAUGCUUAGUAUGUGCGUAGUCCACGUUGGCGCCGAGGUCUUGAAGUACAAGGACGACCUCUUCGGGAUUGCCGAAUACAUGCAAGAGAAGUGCCGCGGCCUGCCCACAAUCCACAUCUCCAACUACAUCCACCACCUGCUCCUCAACCUAACACACACCUACCCAAUCGACAACACCCUCUACGAGCCCGACCACAUCGCCCGUGGCUUGGAUGUUCAUGACUGGGGUCGCACAACCGCCCCUUCCGAGCUUACCAUCAAGUGGCAUCGUCCCUCGCAGGCUGAGAUCCUGUUUGCGGUUGAGCUCUUCGAGAGCCAGGCCAGGAGUGCUUGUGAGAGGCUGGGCCAGUUGAUGAGCGACGAUCCGCCCGUUAGCAGGAAGGGCAAGAACAAGGAGUGGUCUGAUGAGCUAUCACGGAGCCUGACUGCUCUUAGGCUGAUACUCUCAGGUAUCGCCACGCUCUUUGACCCGCUCCUGCGCCUCGGGCGAGAGGCACGGCCAGGGGCGCCAACGAAGGAGGAGAAGAGCGACGCGGAUGGUGACACUAUGAUGAUGGAGGAGGACGAUGACCCCCUCGCUGAGGUGGCUGACGAUGACGAGCUGAAGCGAAAGUUCCAUUACCCAGCCGGGUACUUACUGAGCCCGCAAGAUCCAGUCCAGGAGGACGAUGUUGCGUGCUUCACCGCACUGUACGCCGCGUAUAGGACGUGGAUUACCGAUGUCGGUAUCGAACGGUCUGCUCACCCGCUUGAGCGUCUUGUCCGCCUGUACAAGGCCGACAUUUCUCCCUUCAAAAUCAGCGGCCUCCGGAAAGUCUACCCCCGGCCGCUGCUGAUCAAGCGCGCGGACGCCUACCAACUUCAACGCGUCAAGUACAAUGCCGCGUACCGUAAAAAGAGUGAGCUCGACAAGCAGCUGCUGCUUGAUCUUGCCGAAUCAUGUACCUCCUCAUAUUCUGAUGUGCGUCGAGUGGCCCAAGGCGCCCAAGAUUCAUCCCUCAAAGUUCUGCUCGGAGGAAGGCCGCUUGUCAUACCUGUCGUUCUGGAUAGACUACGGACUGCACUGGAGGAGAACGACCAUGACCGCAUUAAAGGAGCCAUGUACACCCUUCUGUUCACCACCCUAAUCAAGACCGUCAUGAGAGACUGGCGCUUUGCUCCAGACCUCAUGCGCCUGUACAUCCAGACCGCCAGCGUCGAUAAGGCAUCCAUUCAGAACCUCGGGUCGUCCGCCCUUUAUCCGCUCCUCGAGUUUGGCAAGCCGCUCGAACGCAUGAUCAUUUUUGACCAAAAGGUCAUCGACACGAUCCGGCCUAGCGAAGAUUGUUCGGCCACUAUCAAGCGCCGCAACGACUUUAUUAAAGAUCGUCGCAAGAAAGUCGAGAUGAAGAAAGCCGCGUUGGGUUUGGAGCUAACCGAGAAAGCGCGCGAGUCCCACUGGAAGGUUGCAAACAGGUGCACUAUCUUUGCGCUGAACUGCACCUUUGCGAAAUUCCUUGACCAGUUCGGGAAUCUUGACGAGGUUAACUACUUCGUCGAUUGUAAUCACCCGGGCUGGCUCGUGUGGGGGAACGAAAUCACCGUGUCCCGAGCAAGUCCGAAGCCGUUCUUGGCCUACGACGAAGUCGAAACCCAGGUGCGUGAACGGAUCGGAAAGAUCAUCACCAAGGAGUGGUUCAAAACAUGCUUCGAGUACCUCAAGCAGGAGCCGAGAGAUUCUGGGGCAGACCGUUUCCGCAUGCAAAACGUCGUAUUGCUCAUGAACGUAUUUGACCUGAUGCACUACGGGAAAACGUCUGCCACAUUUAACGACAUUGUGGAGAUGACCAAGGACGUGUAUGGUGAUGGCAGCGAUAAGCACCAGCACCGAGCAACUGCUGAAAUCCUCGGUGCGCUGCUAACGGGCAGCGCUGACGACCCGAAGGACAUUCGGGACAAGGUAUGGGAGUUCGCGGCGCCAAUGAUGCUCAAGAUCAUUGCCGAUGACUUGACUCCCGACAAUCUGUCCUACUGGAUGACGUGCCUCCACGUCAUAAUCGACGGUAAAGAUCCGCGACGAUCUCAUGAGCUCACCGAAGCCUUAGCAUCGUUCCGACUGGACAUGAACUCGAACGCCGCGUUCAAGGAGUCGUCCAAGCUCCAGCUUAUCGAGUUUAUCAUUAACGAUGCUGGUUGGCACUUCCGCAAGGAGGAACCCAUUCUUGAAGACUGCCUCGCCCAUAUCGACCAUCCGUACAAGUCGGUAAGAGAGUCGAUCGGCAGAAUCAUCGCCACGAUCUACCGCACCCGCUACCACGAGUCCUUCAAGGACGUCUCGACGCUGCUAGAGAAGAACAAGGCCGAAUCCUCCAUAGGUCUCCGGGCUUACCAGCCGUCGCAAGAAUUUACAACCACCAUUACGGAUGUCUUCGCCCGCAUUGAGAAAUGGCGCCACGAGCGCGCCCCUGGUCAACAAACCCCUUCCAGCUACACCUCGGGUUCUAAGACGGUCCUCACAUGGCUCGACAGCAUGCUCUCCUCGCAAGAGUGCAUCCAAUUGGUCCCGUUCUUCCCAGACCCCUUCAUCGACCAGCUCCUCCACAUGAUGGACGUCAAAGAGGACCCAGAGCUGAUGAAACUCGCCUACCACGUCUACCGGCACCUACCCAACAUUCCGUUCCGGUCGGGCGAGGACGACGCCUUCAUCGCCGCGCUCAUCCGCGUCGGCAAAACUGCCGCGUCGUGGCACCAGCGCCUGCGCGCCCUCGUCAACAUGCAGGUCGUCUACUUCCGCCGCCUCUUCCUCACGCAGCCCGCCCAGCGCCAAAUGCUCUUCGACGCCGUCGGCGACAUGCUCGCGGACCCGCAACUCGAGGUCCGCGACUGCGCUAGUGCCACCCUCGCCGGCAUGAUCCGCUGCUCGCCCGCAUCCCUCCGCAACCCCAUCAUCUACCAACUCAAGGACCGCUUCGAGCUGCAGCUCCGCCUGAACCCCAUGCCCAAGCGGAAGGUCCCCGGCACGGACACGCCCGUGGACACGCAGAAGCAGAUCGUCCGCCGUCAUGCUGCCGUUCUGGGCCUGGGCGCCCUGAUCGAGGCCUUCCCCUACGCCACGCCGCCGCCCAAGUGGAUGCCGGAGGUCCUGGCGGGUUUGGCCACGCGCGCUGCUAAUGACCCGGGAGUUGUCGGCAAGGCUACGAAGGCGAUUUUGGCGGAGUUCAAGAAGACGAGGCAGGAUAGUUGGGGUGUGGAUCAGAAGGUAUCUAUUUCGCUUGAGGGAAGAAAGGGAAAGAAAAGCACAAAUGGUUUGGUGCUCAACAUGGGCCGCUGGUUGUGGGGGAACGCAUCGCCGGUGGCUACCUAG